AUUUAACUAACCUCUACACAAUGAACGAGAAGUUAAUUCGAAUCAUAAAUACCUAAAAAUAACAUGAUAGCGACUAAUUAUCAAAUGAUCAUUUGAAAUCCACCAAAACGAAAUUGGUGCUUAUCAUAAAAUGAUUUUAUCAGAUUCUUUGCUGUUCUGUUUUUCUCUAUUAGACACUGGAGCCAUAUUAUUUCUGCUGGUUUACUUUGUCAUUACACUUUCUGAUUUGGAAUGCGACUAUCUAAAUGCCCAGGAGUGCUGCUCAAGGCUCAACCAAUGGGUCCUUCCAAAGCUCAGCUGCCAUGCAUUGUUGAGUUUUCUCUUUCUCAUCCACGGGCAUUGGAUACUGACAAUUUUUAAUCUUCCUAUGGUCGCUUGGAUGGCCUACGAGAUUUUUACUGUUCCCAAAGGUAACUUGGGUGUAUAUGAUCCUACGGAAAUCCACAACAGCGGCCGACUGAAGAAGCAUAUGAGAGACUGUAUGAUAUAUCUUGGAUAUUAUUUGAUAUUUUUCUUUGCAUACUUAUAUUGUUUGAUAACCUCUUUACUGAAGGGAGAUCCCAUCAAUAGGAAGUUUGAGGGUCAGAUUGCAGAGGACUUUUGACCAGACUUUCAUGAACUGAAUACUUUAAUAUGUAGUGUCUUGUAUUCUUUUAUUUACACUAUCGGGUCAACUAAGGUGUUUGAAAAUGUUAAUUUUCAGUCUUGGAAAUUUUGUGAAUAGCAUUUUUUUAAUCGGAUUUUCAACACUUGAGACAAAUAAUGUUUCAAUGCCGAUAACAUUUUCAAUACUUUAAGUCAAUUGUCUACCUUUUAAAGUAAAUAAGUUACUUAUAUGUAAUUUAGAUUUUAGAGCAGUAUUAUUUAGUCACAUAAUACCAUAUUUCAAAAUACUCAUUUUAAUCAAUAUUUAUAUUUCUUAUAUCGAAAAUAAAACGAGAUUUCAAUUA